AUGCUGAUAACAGUUGGUAUCACAUCCUCGCAAGUUUGCGUGUUCCUCGCCGAGCUCGCCCCAUCUAGGAUCCGCGGUCGUGUCGUUGGAAUUCAGCAAUGGGCUAUCGAAUGGGGCAUCUUGAUCAUGUACCUAAUCUCUUACGGCUGUUCCGUUGGUGUGAAAGGUCCCUCGGCUUUCCGUAUCGCAUGGGGACUCCAGGGCGUGCCCGGAUUUGUUCUUCUUGGGGCGCUAUUCUUCUUCCCAGAGUCUCCUCGAUGGCUUGCGUCGAAGGAUCGAUGGGAGGAAUGUCUGGACACUCUCGCCCACCUUCACGCCAAUGGCGAUCGUGAGAGUCCAGUAGUCCUGGCCGAGCUUGAAGAAGUCAAGGAAGCAGCUCGCAUUGCGGCUGAGUCAAAGCACGUUGGAGUACUAGGUUUAUUUGGGCCUAAGAUGUGGAAGCGAACACUUUGUGGUGUAUCUGUUCAGAUAUGGCAGCAACUCCUGGGAGGUAACGUUAUGCUUUACUAUCUGGUCUACAUCUUCAACAUGGCUGGACUUGGAGGCAAUACCGCCUUAACUUCUGCCAUCAUACAGUACGUGAUUUUCGUGGUGACGACGGGUGGCAUUCUGCCUAUAAUCGAUCGACUUGGUCGCCGUUACCUCCUGAUUUCUGGAGCAAUAAUAUGCUGCAUCCUCCACUUCAUCUCUGGAGCUCUGAUGGCUUCAUACGGCCACCACGUGGACAGUGUAGACGGAAAUGAUAUUCUCAAGUGGGAGAUUUCGGGGGCGCCGGCCAAAGGCGUGAUUGCCAUCGCGUAUAUAUUCGUUGGAGUUUACGGACUUACUUGGGCCCCAGCUGCUUGGAUCUACGCGUCCGAGGUUUUCCCGCUGAAGUACCGAGCUAAGGGAGUGGGAUUGUCAGCCGCAGGCAAUUGGAUUUUCAAUCUUGCCCUUGCCUUCUUCGUACCACCUGCGUUUACCAACAUCCAAUGGAAGACAUACAUGAUUUUUGGCACUUUCUGCGCGGCGAUGACGGUUCAUGUCUUCUUCCUCUACCCCGAGACAGCGAAAAAGAGUCUGGAGGAGAUCGAUCUUCUCUUCGAGGAUAACGUGCCUGCGUGGCGGAGCAAGAGCUUUGGCGGGACAUUUCAAGAUAGGGUUGAGGAAGCCAAGCAUAGGAAGAUGGGUGAUGGUCUUGCUGACGAAAAGCCGGCCCAUGAUGCGGGAAAUGUGGCGCAUCGAGAGGCAGUUUAA